UCCCGGAGCAGAACACAAAAGGAAGAAGACACAUCCAUAUACACGGGCUGUCUGUCUGUCUCUCCAUCCGCUGCAGCCUCGGCAAGACCAUGAGGUGUCCUGGACUGAGACAUAGCAAUUCUACGAUGGUGUUUCUUCUUGGAGUUCUCUUUUCGUGUGGUGUCGCGCUCGCCGCGGAUGGCUCACACCGAAUGGUUCCUCUAGGUCCCAAGGGUCGUGUCAUACGAGAUUGCGAGUGGCGCUAUAGGUAUUCCAAUAGCAGCGAUUCCGUGUUAGACUGCAAGAAAUGUGUCAAAGAGUACGAGAUGCGGUUCCCUCCACGACGUACUGACGUCCUUCAUAUGCGGCAGCAGUGCGUCAAACCGUACACACCAAAAGAGGCAGCCAACAUCCUUUGUCACCUUCUCACAACGACUCAUGACGAGCGAGAUUCUUGCAUACUGUGCAUCGACAGUUACCCGCUGCCUCCCAAUGCUACAAAAUUAGAGCAACGGGAGAUGGACUGGAACUGCGCACCGCACCAACCGGCGACGCAGCUUCUGCUAUCAGAAUGCCGUUACAGGUUUUCCAGAAGAGGUACAAAUCUCACAAACUGCGUAAAAUGCAUCAGCCAAUCAGGUGUCGGAGACGACGCAAGCUUCACACAAUUCAGGAAGGUACAGAGUGACUGCAUCACAAAGCCCGACCCUAAAGAACGAAUCAAACGACUCUGCAAGUGGAGGUUUAUCGAAGAGAGCUGGGCCAAGGAAUGCGAGCAAUGCAUAGACGAGUACUCACUUCCAAGCAACUACGACUACGAUGACGUUCAGAAUCUGCGACAACGGUGUGUGCCAAAGCCGACAAGGAAAGAGCUGCUCAAGAAGACGUGCGACUGGUACUACAGAGGUGACAGGAUGCACGUAAGCAGGUGCGAGAGAUGUGUGGAGAUGUCGGACCUCCGUGAGAGCUCCACUUACACGGACGAAGCUGAAGUUCGCACUCAGUGCAUGCCGAGGAAACCAGCCAGAGAGCGCGUGAAGGAUGCCUGCCCAAGACGGUUCAGAAAUCCAAUGGACAUUGAAAACUGUAGAAGAUGCGCAGACGACUUGGAUAGUGACAAGGACGAGAAUUCCAUUGGAUCCGUCGACGUUCAGAAGCUUUACAGAACUUGCUUAUCCGGGAAAACAAAUUACAAAGCUCAAGUGCUCGGAGAAUGCCGGACCAAGCUGGAGGAAGAAGAGUCUGUGAGAGAGUGCCAGUCUUGCAUUCAAAGCCGCUACCAUUGGAGGAUUCCCAAGGAGCUGAUCAGUGAAGCAAGACAGGCAUGCCUGCUUGAGCUCAUUCAAGACAACUGAGAAACACAAGCCCCCGAAGUCUCGAACCACCACCUUCGUUCCCACCUUGCUUUUACAUCGCCACAUCACCAUAGAUACCAACCAUACCUUCAAAGGAGUUACCUCACCCAGCAUUAUGCAGGAUACUUGCUGUCAAAAGCAAAGUUAUCGUGGUUCCAUGUAUGCUGCACACAUUUAUUGAUGUUAUUGAAUAAAGUGUUGUUACUUUUUGUUCGUAAAA